AUGUCCGACUCGCUCAAUGUUAUAGCCCUUAUCUCGGGCGGCAAAGACUCCCUGUUCAGCAUCCUACACUGCCUCAAGAACGGGCACAAGGUCGUAGCGCUUGCUAACCUCUACCCAAGCACGAGAUCUGUGACUAGUGGACAAGGACAUGCGCCCUCAGUCAGUCCUCACGAAGGGGAUGACUCCGAAGGAGAGGAUCUAAACAGCUUCAUGUACCAGACGGUUGGACACUCAGUGAUACCUCUCUACGCAGAGUGUCUCGGCAUACCGCUAUAUCGGCGAGAAAUUACAGGCUCGGCCGUGCAAACGGGUCGGUAUUACGACGCAAGCGCCCUUGGUCCGUCGCUCGAUGAGACAGAAGACUUGGUACCCUUGUUGAGAGAAGUUAUGCAGGCUCACCCCAAAGCGAAUGCUCUAUGUUCAGGCGCCAUACUCUCGACCUACCAACGCACCAGAGUCGAGUCUGUGGCAGUCCGGCUCGGUCUAACGCCGUUGGCAUACCUGUGGCAAUAUCCUGCUCUGCCUCCUCCAGUCGGACGUGGCGAAUCGCUGACCGGCUUACUGGAUGACAUGAGAGUAGCUGGAUGUGAUGCCAGAAUUAUCAAGAUUGCAAGCGGUGGUAUUAAAGAGAGUCUUCUCUGGGCCAACGUGGCGGAUCCGAAAACUCAGCUAAAGCUCAUCAACGGUCUCCAGCCUUUCUUCCCCGAACACGAGUUCUGGCUUCGCGGAGCGGUCCUGGGAGAAGGGGGAGAGUACGAAACGCUGGCUGUCAGUGGGCCUAGAGGACUGUGGAGGAGAAGAAUCGUGGUCGCGCCGGAACACCAAUCUACAUUCACUGGGGAAGGCGGCGUGAGUUAUCUCCGGCUGGCGAAGCCCGAAACAGAGGCCAACGAUGCAGACCCUUCUGAGACACUCGAGGAGUGUCUUCGAGUUCCACAGGCAUUUGAUCCUCAGUUCCAGGCCGUUCUGACAACUGUCGAAGCUCAAGAGACGUCAAACGUCGACAGAUCCGCAGACAAGCUCAACGAUCAAGAUUCUAAAUGGCUAAAGCAAAGUUUGAACUACACCUUGCCACCUGCCGUGUGUCUGGCGUCAGGACAUUUAGCGUUAUGCAACAUCACUUGGAGUAACCUGGAGCUUGAUAAAAUUCCAAGCAGCGCUGCCGGUCAAAUGCAAGGCAUAUGCGAUCAGUUGAGAUCCCUACUCGAGUCAUGGUCACGCCUUCUCGGACUGCCGACAGCGCUCACGCCUUCCAACAUCGUCUCCACGACCUUGUUACUGAAGGAUAUGUCAAACUUUGGGGCAGUCAACCUGAUCUAUGCCUCGCUUUUCCGCUCGGGUGAGCCCAAUCCUCCGGCACGCGUCACAAUUGCAUGCUCACUACCAGAGAAUACUGAAGUCAGUCUGACUGUGAUAAUCGACCUGGAGACUCAGGAAGAACAUCGAGGGCUGCACGUGCAGAGUCGCAGCUACUGGGCGCCGGCGAAUAUUGGACCAUACAGUCAGGCCAUUUGUGUUCCAGUAGACAAACAAGGAGAAUCGCAAGUCAAUGUCCAUGAUGCAGGGUUGGUGGAGGUCGUUCAUAUGGCCGGACAAAUCUCUCUCAUUCCGCACACCAUGGAGCUCUCGCAGGCAGGGUUUCCCGAGCAGGCGGUGUUGAGUCUGCAGCACCUGUGGCGCGUUGGACAAGAGCGAGGUGUCGAUAUGUGGCCCUGGGGAGUAGCAUUUUUGGCAAGUUGCACGGAUAGCCCUGUUCGAGCAGAGCUUUCGAACAGAAUAUGGCAGCAAACUCAUCUGACCGGGACGAGACCGACACAGUCCGUUGCCGGCGAAGAAGGCGGCGAUGGGGAUGAAGGGGUGGAUGCGUGGGACCUGCAAUAUAAUCGUGCUGCGACGUUCAACGCAUUCACUUCACAGAUGACAGUGGGCCAACAUCUUCAUCUGCUCCCACAGCCAGGUGUGUUGCUGGAUGACGGCAACUUACCUACGUUCCUUCCUCCCUUCAUCGCUGUAGAGGUUGUCUCUCUGCCUCGAAAUGCGCCGAUUGAAUGGUGGAGCACGGGAAUCACGAACUUGCCAAGAAGUCCGGUAUCAAAGCCUCGAGUGUCGGUGGGUCGGAAGGAGCAUGCAUGGGGGUCUAUCGUCAAGGUCACGAUUCUUCCGCCGCAUGGAGAAGCAGGCACGAACAUUCAUUUGGUGACGGUGCUGGUCCGUCGAGAGCCUGGGAUGGGCGCCGUGGAUAGCGCAGGCGUGGAAACCGAGAUCCUGGACUUGAUUCAGGCGGAUAGAGAUCGUGAAAUGCCGCCAAUGGCAUGGGCAGAAAUGGUGCAUGGCACCGCUUUCGUCGCGCUGCAAGAUCAAAAGGAGUGGGCUCGGAUGAUCGGGGGGCCUCUCUUGAAGGACUUGGCAGUCAUACCGUGCAACUCGUUGUUUGGCAGCUCUGGGAUAGCUGCCAAUGCCGGCUCUGAUCAAGGUCAUGGGAGGAGGUUUGGAGGACGGGCUGCAGCGGUCUCGCCGUUGCCGGCAGAGUCUAACGCGGACAUGGAAGCAACAGCGGCAUUCUGUCCGCCUCUUGCCGCCGCAAUGGUCAUGCGCAUCGACCACGAACAGAGGUAG